AUGACUCGAUUGAGGGUUUAUGAACAAUUGCUUGGAGCCUAUCUGCUUGUCAUUCUCCAUGUUCAAGGUAAAUAGCUUGAUUCACUUGUCCAUGGCACAGGAAUGAAGACAAAUCCUGACCAAAAGAAACAAGCAAAUGGAGUAACACUUGCUCCAGAGGACACCUUACCUUUUCUUAAGUGCUACUGCUCAGGACAUUGUCCAGAUGAUGCUGUUAAUAACACAUGCAUAACUAAUGGGCAUUGCUUUGCUAUCAUUGAGGAAGAUGAACAUGGAGAACCCACACUUGCUUCUGGCUGCAUGAAGUAUGAAGGUUCAGACUUCCAGUGCAAGGACUCACCUAAAGCACAAUUACGUCGAACAAUUGAGUGCUGUCGGACUGAUUUCUGCAAUCAGGAUUUACAACCAACAUUACCACCACUUGAUAGUACAGAUGGACUUUUUGAUGGCAGCAUUCGUUGGAUGGCAGUGUUGAUUUCUAUGGCGGUCUGCAUAAUUGUCAUGAUCAUCUUAUUUAGCUGCUUUUGUUACAAGCAUUACUGUAAGUCGAUGGCAAAGAGGCACUGUUAUAAUCGUGACCUGGAACAAGAUGAAGCAUUUAUUCCAGCUGGGGAGUCACUAAAAGACCUUAUUGACCAGUCCCAGAGUUCUGGGAGUGGAUCAGGACUACCGUUGUUGGUUCAGCGCACUAUUGCCAAACAAAUUCAGAUGGUGAGGCAAGUUGGAAAAGGACGAUAUGGUGAAGUGUGGAUGGGCAAAUGGAGGGGUGAAAAAGUCGCAGUGAAAGUGUUUUUCACCACAGAAGAAGCCAGUUGGUUCCGAGAAACAGAGAUUUACCAAACUGUUUUAAUGCGUCAUGAAAAUAUCCUUGGUUUCAUAGCUGCAGAUAUUAAAGGCACUGGCUCUUGGACACAGCUUUACUUGAUUACAGAUUAUCAUGAAAAUGGAUCAUUGUAUGAUUUUCUGAAAUGCACUACGCUAGACAACAGGGCUCUCCUCAAACUGGCAUAUUCUGCUGCAUGUGGUCUGUGCCAUCUACACACAGAAAUUUAUGGGACACAAGGCAAGCCUGCUAUUGCACACAGGGACCUGAAGAGUAAAAACAUCUUGAUAAAGAAAAAUGGAACCUGCUGCAUUGCAGACUUGGGUCUUGCAGUCAAGUUUAACAGUGACACAAACGAAGUUGAUGUUCCCUUGAAUACUAGAGUGGGAACAAAACGUUACAUGGCUCCAGAGGUCCUAGAUGAAAGCCUGAAUAAAAACCAUUUCCAACCAUACAUCAUGGCUGACAUCUACAGUUUUGGGCUUAUCAUUUGGGAAAUGGCUCGGCGCUGCGUCACAGGAGGUAUUGUUGAAGAGUAUCAAUUGCCAUAUUAUGACAUGGUGCCAAAUGAUCCAUCCUAUGAGGACAUGAGAGAAGUGGUGUGUGUCAAACGCCUACGCCCUGUAGUAUCGAAUAGAUGGAAUAGUGAUGAAUGUUUAAGAGCAAUAUUGAAAUUAAUGUCUGAAUGCUGGGCUCAUAAUCCUGCCUCAAGGCUCACCGCUUUGAGGAUCAAGAAGACACUUGCCAAGAUGGUGGAAUCACAGGAUGUAAAGAUUUGACAUAGUACAUUGACGUUGGAGAGCAAAGCUGGACUCCUAGAUCUUUUCACUCAAACAUGGGUGAGACCUAUGUGGAAAGAGGAAAUAACUGAGAUUCAGUAUAUUUUCUCAGCACACUUCUACAGGCUGCUAAUCACAUCUUUCAGUACUUCAUAGACUGUGAUACUGAGAGCCUCUAUACACUACAUGCUACGUAUAUGGACAGCCUUGAUAAAAUACACGUUUUGUUUUUGUUUGAGCUGCAUUGAGACUUCAGUCAUACUUAGUCUC